CUUAUAUAAAUAUUUUUAAAUGUGAAAGGAUGAAUUCCUUGUUUGUACUAUGAGUUUAUCUUGAUACCAAUCCAUGCUCUCAAUGCAAUUAAGUUGAUUCACUGCUGAGCUCACUGUGUAAUUGAGGGUCAAAGGCAUCCUUCAGUAUUUGUCCUUAAAACUGCCAAUUGAAGCUCACUGCUUUCCUCAAAGAUUUCUUUGUUUCAUAAUAAGGCAGGUCAUAGGGUUGCAAGGUAAGCAUUUAUUCACCUCAGUACAUAAUGUAUAGAGAAAUAACUGGUUUAAACGAAUAGAGCCUUAUUAGAGUUUAUGAAUGGUGAAAGCUCCAAACUGAACUCCAAAUGAGUAGGACUUGGCUUUUAGUCAUAGCUUUAUGAAAUUUUCAUGCAGAUUUCAGAUAUAGAGUAAUGAAAGGAGGUCAAAUAUACCCAUUCUGAAGUACUCGAUUGGAGAAAUGUGUAGAACAACAAGUGUUGCUACCAUGUGUAUGGUGACAGGCGCCAGAGCAGGUCUUGAGAGGGCAUCGGCAUUCUUUAUCUCCUAUCUAUGUCUCCUAACCCAGAAGUAUGGGAUGGCAGUGGUGCAGGCCGGAAGAGGGACUACUCAAGGGGCACACCCCCCUCCCCCACCUCCCAUCAUUUAACUUCCUGAAAUCCUGCGUGUGCCGCCGGCGGCAGGUGUCAAUAUAUUGGGAAAUUGAGGUUUUAAGGGUUUUUUUGUUACUUCGUUGGAGGGUUGAUUUAUGGAUUUGAUCGUCCUUGAGGGGCAUGAAGAGGAACGACGACACCCAAGGGAGGCGGGUGAAAAGGAAGGAGUGAAGACGGUAGACACGGGGAGGAAAGAUGAUAACCUCCGGAGUUCAUUAGAAGUAAUAGGAUAUCGCGUUCAAUCUCUCAUCCGGGUUUCCAUUUGGGACCCCAAUGUCCCAAAUGCAACCUUCGGUUGCUUCAGUUUUCUCCCAUCGUUUUGAUAACUGUCUGAUCCCAUCACCUUUGGCAAAUUACUUUACUUUAGGCUCUGCUUCACGGCCUCGCUGAUCUGACCAGAGUGAAAACGUUCGCCGUUUAGUGGCUCUUUUCAGGCGACUGAACGAAAAAAAAGAAUCAGCCGAAAAUGGAUCAGAUGAUUAGGAUUGACAUUUAGGAAUUCUCCAACUCCAGGAGAGCAACUUUUGAACCACGUCACGUUUGUAUAGUGGCCUGGCAUUUUCAUGCAACAAAAUCGAGCUUCCUCGAUGCAACAUACAAGAAUCGUGUUUCAAGAAGGUUCAAGAAUUAAGGAAAACAGUGCGGAAAUUUUCAUGGGUUUGAGCUGCUCCUUUGCUGAGCAGGAAUUGAAAUGUUACCAUUUUUAUAUUCCAAAUAAAACUAUGAAGACUGCAUGCGUGUCCGUAUUCCAAACGAGUGAAUCAAUUUAGGCAAUCGCAGCUUCUCCCCCACAGAAAAGGCUCCUUAUUAAUAUAUGCUUAAGGUCGUGUUGUUAUAUCAAUUUCAGCUUCUGAGUAAUAUCCAUGCUAAAAUAAUAAGCACUAUUUAUUGGAAAACCUAUUGAUAAACUUAUUGAUAAGUGGUAAGUUAUGCAGAGGAGAAAGAAUUAAAGGUGUUUCAAAAGCACGUGGUGGAAAAGGAAAUAAUAAUAAAAAUCCGUCUCCCUUACAGUCUCAUCAGGCUUCAGUCGUCUCAUCUGCGGUUUCCCCUCUAUUUUUUCUCUAGAUUUCUGAGCCCUGUGGCGUUCCAUAAUCACCUACGCACAUUUUAAACGCCAUCAAAUUUCGAGUUUGAUACUUUUAAGAAUAUUGACGCAUAGCAAUGCUUAGUAAAACUAUCAGAACCAUGAACCAUCGAUGGUGGCACCGGUUCACAGACGUAUCGGUUCGGGAUCAGUGAAGCACUCAUCGUAAUGUAAGCCCUGAACUGUAUGGAACCGCACUUGUUUAUAUGAAAUGCAACAGCUCAAUUGAACUGAAGAGCCCUUAUGGAUGAACUCUUCGAAAAAAAAUCUAUCCUUGCAUACUAUCCUGCUCCGAGGUUCAAUUCAUAAUUAGCUACAGGGCUAUGCGCCUUGUAAACGCGUGUGAAUGACUCGUCGACAAUACGGCCGUGCUUCUCCGUCUCUAUACUGGGAGGACGCUCUUCAUUCGCCAAGGCCAGUCGUGGAGCAUAAGCGUGAGUGAAUGGGGAACGUGCUGCGCUGCCUGGUGCUUUGUUACAGGGAUGAAGGAAAGAAACCCGAGGAGGGUGAGAAGAGACUCGCGAACCCGUUGCCAGGGAUUGAGUCGGGUAGUUGUCGUAAGAGGACGGGGAUGAGUGGACCUCCGACCUCGCAUCUCUUGGUGGUCACCGUGAAGGCCAAGUCCGAGUCCGGCCUCUUCCUCCUCCGCACCGAGCUGGUGUAUGUGGGGCAGGACUGCAAAAGCAUCCCUCGAAUCCUGGCCAACAAGUAUGGCGAGUCCACAACCCGACUAGAUAUGAGCUUCAAUGCCCUCCUCUCCCUCCAGGGCAUUGAGAAGUUCUGCAACCUGGAGGAACUGGUGUUGGAUAACAACCAGCUUGGGGACACCAUCCGUCUUGCCUACAACCCGUAUCUUCGAGCUCUUAGUCUCAACAAGAACAAGAUAAGUGACCUGGAGGGCCUCGUGGAGAUGUUGAGCGAGCGUGUGCCCAACUUGGAAUACCUGAGCCUUCAUGGGAAUCCAGCCUGUCCUAGCCAGCUGUCAAAUCGAGACCACAAUGAAGCCGACUACCAAAGAUACAGGUACUAUGUACUGUUUCGCCUGAGGAAGCUGAAAUUCCUUGAUUCCCGGAUGGUGACUGAUGAGGAGCGAUAUGAGGCUUCCCGUGUUGGUCCCUACACCAAAGUCAUCAGACCCUCCCCAUCACAGCUCCCAGAUGAUGCAGAUGGGGUUGGACAAGAUGAGAGUAGGUAUUCUCCCCUCCCACCUUCAACAAGAGAUGGUCAACAUGCAGGUGCAUAUGGAACUCGUCGAACGAAUUACCUGGGCAAGCACUCAGAGGGGAAUCGAUUCAUCUAUAAUAAGGACCUGUAACCUGCCCCCUCACUGAAAUCUCAUCUCAUCGCUUUGCUUUGGUGCUUGUAGAUGUCACUGGCACAUAUGAAGCACAAAUACCUCCAAACUUCCCCAUGGAUCUUGGGUCUUUCAUUUUCUAGAUUUUUAAUGGCUUUGCCUCAUUCCAAAGUGUCCUUGGACAUUGGUGAUUUCAACAUUUUAGCUGAGCAUUUAUGUAAUUUAGGUAAUUUUUCAGGUACACUAGUCUUAUAUAUUUUGUGUAUUAAUUGACAUGAUCUCUAGUGAGCAAUAAAAGCAAUAACAGCUACCAAU